UCCAAUUUGCUGACUUCUCGCAGCCAAUCGGUUUCCAGCUCGUGCCCUCGUGAAGCCAAUGAGGGCGCGGCUUCCGUCCCGGAGCGCGAGGCGACGUCGAGAUAAAACCUUAACGGAGGCGGGCAGGAAAGUUUCAAAAAGAGCAGCGGAACCAGCAGGAGCGACCGGCUGUCCCCCCGAACAAGCGCAGCAACAGCGAGGAUGAGCGACUCCGAGGCGCCGACCUCUCCACAGCCUGUCCCGGCGGAAGACAAGCCGCAGCCGGAGAAGAAGGUCAUAGCCAUGGCAGUUCAAGGCACAGUGAAAUGGUUCAACGUCCGUAAUGGCUAUGGCUUCAUUAACAGGAAUGACACUAAAGAAGACGUGUUUGUUCAUCAGACUGCCAUCAAGAAGAACAAUCCUAGAAAGUUUCUCCGAAGUGUUGGAGAUGGGGAAGUCGUAGAGUUUGAUGUCAUUGAAGCAACUAAAGGCUCGGAAGCGGCCAACGUUACGGGUCCGGGUGGCAUUCCGGUGAAAGGCAGCCGCUACGCUCCCAACAAACGGCGUUUCCGUCGGCGGUUCUUCCCCCGCGUCGCUCGUCCUGCAGACCAGAGUACACCAGCCGAUCCCCAAGCUCCGGCACCAGAAGGGGAGCAAAUGGAGGAGACGGGGGAAACGAGGCCUCCACCCCGGAGACGUAGGCCACGCAGGCCGCGACUUAGUGCCCAAAAUGGGGAAGUUGGAGAGGAAAAAGAUGGAGCUGCUGAAGGCGAUCAGACACAGCAGUUGCCACAAAGGCGCAGGUUCUUCCGUCCCAACCGCAGACCCCUCCGCCCUCGCCCACCUGCGGACCAGUCUCCGGCUUCAGAAGAAGGCAAGGAACAGCAGGCAAAGCUAAAACAGGUGGAGUCUCCUGAGGGUAUCCAGACCAACGGCGAGACGUCGACAGAAGACCAAGGCCAGAAACUACGCCGGCCGUCCAGGCGGCACAGGCAGAGGAACUCUGAAUCCUCAACAUCUAAAAAUGACACAGAGAAGUCUGGCUCGGAGCCUGGGACCCCUCCUCAGACCACAAAACCAACAGAGGAAAAAUCUACACCCAAAUCAUCAAAGUCGUCUCCGAAAACCUCUCCUAAAACGCCAAUAUCUCCUGAGGCGGAGGUUGCCCCAGAAGUUGAAGCCCCAACAGAGUGACUGCACCCAGACUUGUCUCAGGCCCUUGGCCCCCAGGGGGAAGAUGGGACCUGAUGCUAAAGAACGUUGAGCGACUCUGGAUUCGGACAGUUUGAGAUUGUGCCGCUCGUGCAUCACGGGACAAAUGGGCGGUCUCUCGACGGACGUGGACUGGUUUAAAGUGGAAUGCUGGCAUUAAAGGGAUAAAAGCAAUUUUUAUGGAGUCUUUAAGGACGUUUUUUAAGUUUAAACUUGAGUUGAAACACAAAAUAUAUAUAUAUUUUUUUUGUCAAACCAGGAUUAGAGAUCAGCCUAAUCCUCGUUCAGGAUCAGAGGCAUCUGACGUUUGGUUCUUCACCGUUUGAGAUCCCUGUGCCUCCUUUGCGUUUUUCUUGUAGGUCCUGGUGUUCGAGAGCUGGACCUCUUUCACAACAUGCACUGCUCUCCCCUCCCCUCGCUCUCUCUCACAACUUGUUUAUAGUGACUGGUUGGCGAGGAGUCGUAGGCUAGAAAAGGUGAUACCGACGGGUGUGUGAUUUAAAAAUUUAAAAAGCUUUAAAGCGGAGGGGAAAAUGGAGGGGAAAUCUGCUUGGUGGCUCAGUCAUUCCAACCCCUCUUAGAAGAACAUUUUCUUUAACUGACCAGAUAAGGGUAGAUCAGGUAUUCGGAAGAACCAGCCUUGUUUUUUUUUUAUUUUUAUUUGGCUUUUUAAUUUGAUUUGAGGGGAAACCCAAGCAGGUGUGCAGCUGGUGGUUUGCAUUGGAAGUCAGUUUAGUUCUGUUAUCAUCUGAAUCGGUCGAAGCCUUGUGUUCCUUUCAUCUCUGGCUUCGGAUGGAUUGAUGGGGGGGAAAAAAACAAAAAAAAAAACUUUAUUUCUCGAGGGUUCUUGUUUUUGUUGGAGGGGAUUAUGUGCAAUGUCAAUACUUGGAAUGCCAACUAAUAAAACAUGUUUGC